AAGGCAGUACUAGUGAUCAAAAGUGUCCAACGCCAGGUUGCGACGGAUCGGGACAUAUCACCGGAAACUAUUCCUCGCACAGGAGCCUCUCAGGAUGCCCUCGGAUUAAUAAACCCAAGAAAUUGCUUGGCAAGGAUGGUGAACCCCCAGAACCUUUAAGAUGUCCUGUUCCCGGGUGCGAAGGCAUUGGCCAUGUGACUGGAAAGUAUCUAUCUCACCGCAGUGCGUCUGGCUGUCCCAUUGCCAACAAACACAAAAUGGUACGAGCAACCUCAAUGACGAAUCUCAGCUCAGACUUUUCAAAUGAAAAUGUCAGCAUUAUAUUGAAUCGUCCAAUCAAGUUUGAUGGCCUUGUUUGUCCGACUCCUGGGUGUGAUGGUUCGGGACAUACGAGUGGAAGUUACCCCAGUCAUCGUAGUCUAUCAUGUUGCCCCAAAGCCUCAGAAGCCUUCAUGAAAGCUAGCACAAAGCUACAAGAGGGAGAGUUAGACUUGGAACAUGAUCUGCCUGAUGCCUCAGCAUUUAAAAAUGAUGAAGAUUUGAAAGUCCUUGAUAGUGAAAUAGAGAGACUCCGACGAGAGAACAACAAUAUGGAGUCGCAACUGCUCAAACUACGUACAGAUAUUACCUGGAUGGAGAACGAAUACUCAUCACACAAGAUGGCCAAUCAGAAACUCUUUGAACAGAACAAUGACCUGGAUUCCCAUGCGAAGUACAUGCGAACCAGUCUCAUUCAGUCACUCCAGGGGGUCAGAUUACCUGAGUUCAAUAUCCCCCUCUCCGAGGCCAACUUUGACAACUAUCUCGCUCAGUUGAAGCGCUUCUGUCUCGAUGUUUAUCACCGGCCACAGAAUAACAACAUGUAUGGUGCAGUUAAGCAGGCAAUUGCUGAUAUAAAGGUUGUCUAGUCGUCGAUCAACCGGUGCUUGAUUAAUAUACAAGAAAUUUUAAUGUACAAUGAUUCUUGGUAUAGUAAAAAAUGGGUUAGCCACAAGUUGUUAGUAUUUUUUGGAAUUACUAUUUAGAUCAUAUACAUUGACAAGUAUAGUAUUAUUACUACAUUAUAUGGCAGAAAACCAUAUCAGUAGCCUGUUUUAUGAUUUUCACGAUUUGUGAAAUGAAACUGUUGCACACAGAUUUACCAUAUUAUGAAAAACAAUUUGAUUAUUUAUUCUUAUUGCAAUUCAAUGUAGUUGAAAACUAUUCUCCAUGUUGAGAUGAAUCUCUUUGUUUGAGAACAGAAUUCUCUAUGCAUGAAUAUUCAUAGAGUUAGAAGACCCUGGUACCAGUGGUUUAUAGAAUCUGACUGUAAUUUAUUGCAUAAUAUGCUAGGAUCUGCAAUGGUGAAUAUUUGAUAUAGUAGUAGUGUUUCAGAUAUACUUUGUGUCAAGAGACAAAGUAGAGUGUAUGGCUUAAAUUAACAAUUCAGGGUUGAUAACCAAGUUCUGUGUCAAUAAAAGUUUGAUUAUCGGAUUUGUAUGUAGAAACCAAUAUUUCACAGGAUAUGAAUGCAGUGUUAUUCAAAAACUUGAAUAUGGUUGAAUUAGGAGACUUUCCCAGAACUUAUUGAUCAACCUUGUACAGAGUGCUAUGUCAAGGAAAAGGGUUUGUGCCUUUUAUCCCAAUGGUGCAUGCAUUGAAAUGUUUUAGUGGGGUCAAGCAGGGAAAAACUGAAGUGUAAUACAAUAUUUGUUGCACUUUAUCUACAGUUACAAGUAUUUAUGAAUCCAGAAAGUAUAUUGUAAAAUGAACUUAUGAGCUAAUAUUGUAUGAAAAUUUGUAUUGUACUGUAUUAAUUGUACAAUAUCAAUAUCAUGGCGACUGACAAUUUUUCAUGGAUAUUGUUGAAUAAUGUUAUUAUAUGUUUCAUAUAGAUGUUGAAUAUAGUGAGUAAAAUUGUUAAAUCAGUCAGUAAUAUUGCAUGGUGGCCAGGUUUUUGAUUUUGAUUUUUUUUUAAUUUUGAAAGCUCCUUGUAUAGAUGUCAUGUAUACAAACAUUGGAGAUUUUCUCACGAAAUCAGAAACAACAUAGCAAGUCUUAAGAUAUCAUGGAGGCAAGAAAUAAGGAGAACUUAGCAUAAUAAUAAUAUCUAAUCAUAAGAUGUAUGAGUUCUGUGUAUGCUCCAAUGAAGAACAUUUAGCUAUUGCUGUAUUGUAAGUUGGUAAAAUAACAAUCAAACCUUAAACUUUGUCAUAAGUCUUGUUUCAUUUUUUCAAUUAAACUU